GGAACGUGGUUUCCAGAUUUUUCAUUGUGGUUUAGUGUAAUCUCUUACCAUGGACUCUACAAUGAGCAGCACCAGCAAGCUUGAGAAACCUGUGUCUCUUAUAUGGGGGUGUGAGCUGAAUGAUGAGAACAAGACAUUUGUGUUUAAAGUGUCAGAUGAAGACAAGUGUGAACAUCAGCUAGCCCUGCGCACGAUUUGUCUGGGAGAAAAGGCAAAAGAUGAAUUUCACUUGGUAGAAAUUGUGCCUCAAGAAGAAGAGGGAAGUGACGAAAAGCCAGUAACCAUUGCCACCCUAAAACCAUCUAUCCUACCCAUGGCUACCAUGUUUGGUCUUGAGCUUACUCCUCCAGUCACAUUUCACUUAAAGUCUGGCUCUGGCCCAGUAUUCAUCAGUGGUCAGCAUGUUGCAUUGGAAGAAGACUCCUCAUGGUCGGCUCCAGAAGAGGAGGAAAUGGACGAAGAGGAAGCUGAAGAAGAGGAAGAUGAAGACCCAGAAUCACCUCCCAAACCUGUAAAACGACCUGCAGCAACAAAGAAAGGAGCCCAGGCAAAGAAGAAGAAACUUGAUAAAGAAGAAAGCUCUGAAGAGGACAGUCCUGCUAAAAAGGGUAAAGGUGCAGGAAGAGGGCGGAAGCCAGCUGCUAAGAAGUGAAAGGUUCUUUAGAUUUGGUCUUUCCCAUAAUCCUGUCUUCACCUUCAUUCUGAAUUUCCACAUGUUCUGAUGAGACAUUGUCUACACCCAAAAUUGGUCACGGACUCUGCUAUACCUGACCUUUUUUCUGGACUCAUGUGAUGGAUGACCUGGCUCUCAAUGCAACUUCCCUUGAGAAUGCUAUGACAAUUGCCAUGAAGUAGCUGUGAUCUCUCUGCAUAUCUAUUGAGCCCAUUUUGGUUUCAACAUUAUGUAUUCUGCCAAAUAAACUACCCUUUUUCUAUAGGGACACUU